GCCAGUAUAUAAAGAUGUACUGUGCGUCGAAACAUAUGUAACAAUUGCGUUUCGAUCACGUUCGGCCGCUGUUCAAAGGUCGUGUUUAGGAUAGUUGCGAUUAAUCAGAUAGGACACAAUGGAAAAGUUCGUGUUGCUUGUACAAGUAUUAUUCAUUGUUUCAUUCGCAAAAGGAUUUACAAAUAUUUAUCCCAAAUCAAAGGAUUAUCCGCUUCGCAAUGAAGAAGAUUGUGGUGCGCCUCUUUUCCUGACACCACUUAUUGAAAGCGGUAAAGUAGAUGAGGCCCGUAGUAAAGCUGCUGUGCAACAUAAAGAUAUGAACGAUGUCAGUAGCUAUUCUGGUUAUUUAACUGUUAACAAACAAUACAAUUCGAACAUGUUCUUUUGGUUCUUUCCGGCCUUGCAUAAUCCAAAGACCGCUCCUGUAGUAUUAUGGCUGCAAGGUGGCCCUGGAGCCACGUCCAUGUAUGGCUUAUUCUUGGAAAACGGCCCAUUUAUAGUUACUGAAAAUAAAACUCUUGAAAUGCGUGAAUACUCUUGGAACAAGUGUCAUAAUUUGCUUUACAUUGAUAAUCCAGUUGGCACUGGAUUUAGUUUUACGGAGAAUGAAAAAGGCUAUGCUACUAAUGAAACAGAUGUGGGAAGAGAUGUGCAUACUGCCUUAGUCCAAUUCUUUAAGUUAUUCCCAGAACUUCAGACCAAUGACUUUUAUGUCACUGGUGAAUCGUAUGGAGGAAAAUAUGUACCGGCUGUAUCUCAUGCUAUUAAAGAUUAUAAUAUCAAGGCACAGACAAAAAUAAACUUAAAAGGUUUAGCAAUUGGAAAUGGAUUGACUGAUCCAGUGAAUCAGUUGCAAUAUGGAGAUUAUUUGUAUCAGAUAGGUUUAGUUGAUACAAAUGGCAGAAAUCAAAUCCAUACAUAUGAAAAACAGGGUAAAGAUUUAAUAAAGGAGGGGAAAUAUGUAGAAGCCUUUAAUUUGUUUGAUGAACUUAUUGAUGGUGAUUUAACCGAAGAACCUUCAUUGUUUAAAAAUUUAACUGGUUUCGAUUAUUACUUUAAUUUUUUGCAUAAUCAGGAUCCAAGUAAUGAUUCCGAUUAUAUGCUACAAUGGCUUCAAACAGCAGAUAUUAGAAAAACCAUACAUGUUGGCAAUUUAACAUUCAAUAUCGAAUCUAAAAAAGUAGAAGAAUAUUUGAAAGGAGAUAUUAUGCAGUCUAUGGCAGUUCUAGUAGAAGAUCUUGUUCAACAUUACAGAGUUCUUAUAUACAAUGGACAACUUGAUAUUAUUGUGGCAUAUCCUUUGACGGAAAACUAUAUCAGAAACUUAAAAUGGCCUGGAGCCAAGAAGUACAAAACAGCACAGAGAAAAGCAUGGUAUGUUGGAACUGAAUUAGCUGGGUAUUCAAAGACCGUUGAUAACUUGACAGAGGUCUUAGUAAGAAAUGCUGGACACAUGGUUCCUUCUGAUCAGCCAAAAUGGGCUCUUGAUCUCAUCACUCGUUUUACAUACAAUAAAAGUUUCUAAGUAAUUUAA